AUGGGCAGCAAGGACUGGAAUUAUUCCACCUCUGGCUUUGUCCUCACCAGCCUUUUUAACAACAGCCAAACACACCUUUUUCUGUUCAGCAUGGUGGUGUUGGUCUACACGCUUGCAAUGGCGGGCAACACAGCCAUGGUCCUUCUGAUUUGGAUGGACACCCGACUACACACACCCAUGUACUUCCUCCUCAGCCAGCUGUCCCUUCUAGAUGUCUUCUUUACCUCAGUCACUGUCCCCAAGAUGAUAGUAGGCUUUCUCUUCGGUUGGACAAGCAUCUCCUUUGGGGGCUGUGGGGCACAGAUGUUUUUCUUUAUGUUCCUGGGGGCUGCGGAGUGCCUCCUGCUGGCCCUCAUGGCUUAUGACCGCUAUGUGGCCAUCUGCAACCCUCUGCGCUACCCAGCGCUCAUGAGCCGACGGGUGUGCCUGCUCAUGGUUGUAGCCUCCUGGCUGGGAGGAUCCCUCAACGCUUCCAUUCAGACUUCUCUGACACUGCAGUUCCCCUACUGUGGCUCUCGGAAGAUCUCCCACUUCUUCUGUGAGGUGCCCUCUCUGCUGAUGCUAGCCUGUGCAGAUACAGAAGCCUAUGAACAGGUACUCUUUGUGACAGGCGUGGUGGUCCUCCUGGUGCCCAUUACCUUCAUCACCACCUCCUAUGCCCUUAUCCUGGCUGCUGUGCUCCGGAUGCAUUCUGUGGAGGGGCGUCAGAAGGCCCUGGCCACAUGCUCCUCCCACCUGACAGUUGUCAAUCUCUUCUACGGGCCCCUUGUCUAUACCUACAUGUUACCUGCCUCCUAUCACUCACCAGGCCAAGAUGAUGUCGUAUCUGUCUUUUACACAGUUCUCACACCCAUGCUUAACCCUGUCAUCUACAGCCUCAGGAACAAGGAAGUAACAGGGGCAAUGAAGAAGGCAAUGGGAAGGUGUGGAGUCAGUAGGAACGCAUGACACCUGAGAGAGGCCUGGGAGACAAGCACCUCAGCUCUAAGCAUCAUCACCUGUACUGAAUGCUGAGGCAGGGAGACAUGUCUAUUUGAGAAGAGCCUCCAUGUCUGUAACUUCUGGUCUAGGACUCUUCCAUGGGCCAGGAAGUCAACACCCAAACUCAUCGCUCCCUUCCAGCUACUGCUUUCUUUCUUCAGAGACUUGUCUACCCUGGCUCUGGUCCACCUCAGCAAACCCCAGGCUUCUUUGUGGACCACAGCAGGAACCUAUCCUCUCUGUAUCACUAAACAUCUGAGAUCAUCCCCUCCAGCCCCAGUAAAAUUCAAAGACCCACAAAUCCCCUCAUCCCUAGCUGUUUUGUCAACCUUCUCUACUGGCACCAUGUCUCCAACGAUGCUGUCCUGGCUGAGCACCCUCAGCACAGUCCCUCAGAAGAGUCCUCUGUGACCAGAAUGGCACCUGACAUUUUCAGAUAGCUCUCCCAUCUCUUGCUUAGAAACUGCUUAAAGCAUCAGAGAUACCUGCAUUGUUUAUCCCAUCCACAGUGGCCUCAUCCAUCCCACCAUCCUCCCUGCAUCCUAUUUUUGGAUUUGAGGUCUCUUCCCCCUCCCCCAUUAGAUUGUGCAGACCCAGAAGGCACAGGAUUUGAUUCUUUAAUACCACAUUGUCAGCUUCUAGGAGAAGCCUGAAACAUGUGAUCAAUACUAAA